CGCCGCCCUCCGCUCUCCUCCCGCUCGCCGUUAGGGAGGCUCUGCGUCUCCGCCGCCACCGCCGCCGCCUCGCCCGCCGCCUCCGCCUUUCCCGCCUCCUCUCUCCUCAGCUCCGCCGCCUCCACCACCGGGGGCACCCGGGGGGGGGGUCGCUUUCCGGGCUGGCCCCGCGCCACAGCCGUCGCUUCAGCCUCCCGCCGGCGGCCGCCUCAGGAAGACGCUCGCCCGCCGCGGCGCCACCUGGGGCCUCCGUUCUCGCCCACUCGCCGUCGCUGCGGAUCCUGGAGAAGCGGCCGCGGCCAGGGAGCGGGGCGUCGCGGUUCCAACGAUUAACUGCUGAAGUACUGAUCGAGUUCUGCGUUUCUUCAAUGAGGAACUACAGGCUGAUCUUCUGCCAUAAUCUCAAACAGCCAUAAAUGACAAAAGAAUGCUUGCUCAGUGAGGGUAGCUGGUGCAGAAGCCAUUUUUUAAACUUAGGUGUUUAAGUACUCAAAGAAAAGACAGCUUUGAUUUCUGGCUGCAAAAAAGAUAUGAGGAAGAGCUCCUCCCCUUCCUUGAGUAACUGCAACUCCGUUCUUGCUAACAAAAUAUUUGGAAUUCCACUUGAUGAGCUGCAGCAGGGAGGACAUCCAGACAAUGAGGUUCCGUUCAUAGUCCGCCACGUCGUGGACUAUAUUGAGGAACAUGGAGGUCUGGAGCAACAAGGACUUUUUCAAGUCAAUGGAAAUGCUGAGACAGUGGAGUGGCUUCGGCAGAGAUACGACAGCGGAGAAGAGGUGGAUUUGGUUAAGGAAGCAGAUGUUCCCUCAGCUAUUAGUCUUCUUAGGUUUUUCCUUCAACAACUUCCUGAACCUGUUAUCCCAGGCAGUUUUCACAUUCAUUUGAUGCAACUUUCUCAAGAUGAUAAUAACGAAGAUGAAUUUGGAAGAAAGUUGAGGUUCCUCUUGCAACAACUUCCACCUGUUAAUUACAGUUUGUUAAAGUUUCUGUGUAGAUUUUUAGCCAAUGUAGCAUCACAUCAUGAAGAAAUUUGGUCUGCAAACUCUUUGGCUGCUGUUUUUGGUCCAGAUGUCUUCCACAUUUACACAGAUGUGGAAGAUCUGAAAGAACAAGAAAUAGUGAGCAGGAUCAUGGCUGGACUUCUGGAAAAUUAUUUUGAGUUUUUUGAGAAUGAAGAGGAAGAUUUUUCAUCUAAUGAUUUGAGUUCAAUUACUGAACAGCUUAAUGAAAUUUCAGAGGAGGAAGAGGAAGAUGAAAAGCUGGAACAUAUAGAAGAACUUCCGGAAGAAGGUGUGGAGAAAUCAAAAUCAAAUGACAUGCCAGAGGUGGUACAAUUGAGGAUGACUGAAAAAAUCCUGGAACCAAAUAGUGUUACAGCAUCAACAAGUGCCCACAUAUCUGCCAUCAACAUCUUACCAGCCUCUGCAGAAAUUUUAGAAAGAACAAUUAGAGCAGCUGUGGAACAGCACCUUUUUGAUCUGCAGAGCAGCAUAGAUCAUGACCUUAAGAAUUUACAACAGAAAAGUCUGGUUUGUGAUAAUGAAGCAGGAAGUAUUAAUUGUGAUGGGGAAUAUUCUAAUAACCAGGUUGAUAUUGCUGAUAUUACUGCCAGUGAAAGGAACAGAGAUUGUUCAGAACCUGUGGCUGGCACUAAUUUAGGAUCUGAAGUUAUGCAACAAGAUUUUGUAUUUGAGGAUGAAGAGAAUAAUCAGUCCUUAGGUAUACUGUUAGAGCCAUGUAGUGCCCAUGGAAAUAAUGAGGAUGGCUGUCUUGAGAGGAAUGAAUAUUUAUCAUUUGACAGUGAUAAAUUGUCUAACUUGAUGCUGGAUUCUUGUAGCAAGAUCUGUGAUUUGAAUGCCAACACUGAUUCAGAAGUGCCAGGAGGUUUAAGUGUUGGUUUUCAAGGGGAAGCAGCAUGUGUCCACAUCCCACUUUUAGAUCUGAAGAAUGUUUCUGAUGGUGAUAAAUGGGAAGCGUCAUGCCCUAUCACUUUUCCCCUCAUUGAUUUCAAAACAAUGCAUCUGCAGAGAGAUGGGGAGGAGCCAUUUCCUGCUUUUAAGUCUUGGCAGGAAGAUUCAGAGUCUGGAGAAGCUCAGCUGUCUCCACAGGCUGGAAGAAUGAACCAUCACCCCCUGGAAGAAGACUAUCCUCCAGUAUUAUCACAUCGUAGUUUAGAUUUUGGGCAAAGCCAGCGUUUCCUCCAUGACCCAGAAACAAUGGAGUCCUCAUCUAAAGCACUUUCUUUUGCUCGAAUUCGAAGAUCAUCCUUUAGUUCAAAAGAUGAAAAAAGAGAAGAUAGAACACCAUAUCAAUUGGUUAAGAAACUUCAGAAAAAAAUCAGACAAUUUGAGGAACAGUUUGAAAGGGAAAGGAAAAGCAAGCCCUCCUACAGUGACAUUGCAGCUAAUCCAAAGGUAUUAAAAUGGAUGACAGAGCUUACUAAACUCCGGAAGCAAAUUAAAGAUGCAAAACACAAAAGCUCUGAUGGCGAAUUUGUACCUCAGACACGUCCACGUAGCAACACUCUUCCAAAAAGCUUUGGCUCUUCCCUAGACCAUGAAGAUGAAGAAAACGAAGAUGAAUCCAGGAUCAUUCAGAAGGAGAAGAAGCCGUCUAAAGAAGCAACUCUUGAACUUAUUCUGAAAAGACUGAAAGAAAAACGUGUGGAGAGGUGUCUUCCAGAAGAUAUCAAGAAAAUGACUAAAGAUCAUUUGGUAGAAGAGAAAACUUCUCUCCAGAAAAGUCUUCUUUUCUAUGAAAGUCAACAUGGAAGGCCGGUGACCAGGGAAGAAAGGCAUAUUGUUAAACCUCUUUAUGAUAGAUACAGACUUGUAAAACAGAUGCUGACAAGAGCUAGCAUCACCCCUGUUCUUGGUUCUCCAUCUACCAAACGAAGGGGUCAGAUGUUGCAGCCAAUCAUAGAAGGAGAAACUGCACAUUUUUUUGAAGAAAUCAAGGAAGAAGAAGAAGAUGGUGUUAGUUUGGCCUCUGAGUUAACUGAUAUCUUAAAAACUGCUGUCCAGGCACAGUCUUCAUUUGAAAACUCAGAAUCUGAUGUUGAGGAAAAUCAAGAAAAACUGGCUCUGGAUCUCCGAUUGUCAAGUACUCGAGCUGCUUCUAUGCCUGAAUUACUGGAACAACUUUGGAAAGCCAGAGCUGAAAAAAAGAAGUUACGUAAAACAUUACGGGAAUUUGAAGAAGCAUUUUAUCAACAAAAUGGAAGGAAUGCUCAGAAAGAGGAUCGAGGUCCAGUGCUUGAGGAGUACAGGGAAUACAAGAAAAUUAAAGCCAAGCUUAGACUUCUUGAAGUUCUUAUCAGCAAACAAGAUUCUUCAAAAUCCAUAUAAAAUAUGCUCCUUGAAAACAUCCUAAAAUCAGUUGUAUUCCCUGAAGCUAUCAUCAUGUGUACUUGGCUGGUACUUGAGUUCAUUUUGUCAGGCACUCAGUCUCAUUUUGUACUUGGUUAUGGUGCCACUAGAGAAAUGAUGGGAGGGUAAGUAGACCCUCUCUGGGGAGUGUGAUGUUCCAUGUUAACCAGACUGUAUUCUCCACCUUAGGAAACAUGCAGGUUUCUUCAUUGUUUUGUACUACAGAUACAUCCUGUUAGCAGAAGACUAGUACUUUAUCCUUUCAACUUCAAGAACUUUGGAAAAACAAGCUUUUUGUUAAUACCAACUUUAUUUUUUGUUGUUCAUUACUGAAGAAAAUUGAGAGGAAGAUCUUCACAUUGACUUCUUCAGUUGCCUUUUUCUUACAGAAUGACUGAAAUUGAAAGAAAAGCCUAUAAGUGUGCACAUAUGCAAUUGUGUUUGUUUUCCUAGAAAACCAAAAUCAACUGAAAUUCAAGUCCUCUGUGGAACACCUUUCUAUAUAAUUCCCAAAGUAACACAUUCUCACCAGUAGUAUGUUUGCAGUUCAGUGGUCUCACCUCUCCUGGAUGAAGCUAACAGUGGGUAGACCAAAAGUGACCUUGCUGAUUAUUAGUCUAGUGAAAACACAUACCAUCACACACAGGACUGAAUCAUAUCACAUGCUGCCUCUGGGACUUCAGUUACUAUUUGCUUCCUCAGUUACUGUUUUAUCUGCAGGUGGUGUGUGAUUUGUCUGGAUCAGAUCCUGCAUCCCCCGCCUUCCCCCCAACCCAUUUCCAGAUAAUGUGAGAAAAUAGCCAUGUCAGUAUGUAGGAAUUUUGAUGGUGCUCAGAUUUUGUGUAUUCAGUUAAAUGGGUUUGAAUUGGCAAAAGAAUUAUUAUGCCUGAAGUAAAUCUCUUCUUAACAAGGGCUAUACCACUGCAUUUUUACUUGUAGCUUCAGGGGAUUGCAUUAUUUUUCUUAUUCAAUCAGCAGAAUCCAUACAGAAAACAUCCUCUAAAACAUCUUUUUUAGGGACCACCUUUUGCAAAGUCACAUGCUGUUUAAAGCAGGAGAUUGAGUAUAUGUGUAGUGGUAUGCCCUUUUCAUUGCCUUGAAACACAUUCUUUUUCCUCUGGCUUUGCACGGCUUUUCUACAGACAUUCUUCUAAUAUUCUGCUGAUAUUUUCACAGAUUGGUGACUUUACUUAUGCUAACAAUGUAACAGUCAUUAAUAGCAUAUUCUCUUCAGGCUAAUCUGUAAGUGUUAAUAUGUUUUUCCUGGUGCUUUUCUGGAUCGAUAAGUGUGUCUCAACUUUGACUGUGCCCAUGAUUUGCAUGCAAUGACUCAUGCAUGGUUUUCUUAACUAGCUAAUAUUAGCAGUUUGUUCUAUACAAAUGAACUACUGCAGCAUCCUUUAGUAAGGUGAGGGAAGCAUGAACCUCAGACUUCUGGCACUAUUAACAUAGUAAGCACAUGAAGUAGCUUGAUAAUAAGUAGCAUUUCUAGUACUUCACAUUUCACCUAUUGUGUGCAAUGCCUAUUUUGAGGGGAGGGAAUAUUCUUUAGUAUGAACUGUGUAGUUGGGGAAUUAAACAAAAAUAGUACUAAACACAGUUGUUUUCAUGUGGUUUCCUUUUAAUGUGGCUAAGUUACUCAAUGUGUACACCUACAAAAGUGAAAUUGAAAAUGCCAAAAGAUGUGUAAUUUUGAUCUGAAUCCAGCAUGCAGUGUACAUUUGAUUUCAGUCUCCAGAUAAAAGUAUAUCCAAACAUCUAAUUUAAUGUGCACUGUAUAUUGUUUUAUAUGAAUGUUUUAUUUUAUAUACCACAUGCAAAAAUGUCCAUAUGCACUAUUUAAAUGUUUUAAAUAAUAUAUUCCUUCUUUAUAAUUCUAAAUCUAUAAUGAGUACCAUAUUUUUAUAAGUCUGGCCUGUCUGGUAUCAUUUUAGAAUUAACAGCUGCUUCAUGAUGUUCUUUAUUCACUGUUAAUGUUUGGCUGCAAAUAGAGUAGAUGAAAGUGGCAUGGCAGCACUUAAUGCUAUGUGACAGUAUUUGUGUCAUAGUUCAGGUUGUAGAAUUAGGCAGUUUGUGAUAGAUUUACUUUGGUACAAUUAAAUGCUAUAUCUAUAUACAAAUAAUAUAUAGAUAUAUAUCACCACCCAUAUAAUUGCAUUGUCUUGCACUUGAUUGUAUAGACUUUUGUAAUAAAAGAACUUUAAUGUUCUAAGUCACUGUAAAUGUUUUUGUUGUCACUAGGUGUUUUAAAUAUAGACUUUUUUCAGGUAUCCCCUUGCUUUAAUGUUCUUAGAGUUUGUUUAAAUUGCCCCACCGGAAGCAUGCUGUGGGGAUAACAGGUUGCUAAGCCACAUGGGUGGUUAGGUAAGAGCGGCCAUAUUGUGCAUUCCCUUGUGGGAAAUAUAAGGAGAAGAUGCAAAGACAGUAGCCCGCAUUUCUUUAAUGCUGUGAAUUAUUCUAUUAAGGAAAUUUGGCAGCCAGACUCUGAGAGAAGAACUUGAACUGAGGAAGGUGGGUAGAUGUUUUUGUUCCUUUACUCAAAAUUCAAAAUUCAGAGACUGUUGAGCAUCAGUUGAGCAUCAGAAACUGAGUUUGUGGCCAAAAGAUGCUACUUGGGUUAAGCUCUUCUAGGAGGGUUUAUAUAACCAAAAAAAGAAUGGAAGAGUUUCCAAAAUGCUGCUUUGAACCAUCUAAACAGGGCCUUCAUAGCACCCUCACCUACACUUUCCAAAUAUAACAGGACUUCUCAUAACUUUGGUACUCCUACCUUACUCUCAUUUUAGAACAUGUUUUGCUUUUAAAGUAGUCAUGGAAAACUUUUGGAAAACUUAAAAUGUAUCUCUUUAGAAACUCUUGAAUUUACAGUUUGAAGAUAGCAAAUUUUCUGUAGAUGAUUGGGGAUUUCGUUCACUUUUUCUCAGGAAACUUCAAAUUGGUAAGGAUGGAGUUGAGAAUAUUACUUCAUUUGAUAUUGUAUAAUGGUUUUCCCCAGAAUCCUGUGCAUUUAUUAAUAUAUUUAUGGCCAGAGGAAAUCAGGACAUGGUAAAAUAAUGAGAAGAGCACCGACAGUCCUUACCCUCUGUGGAGCACUGAGUCUGUCUCUACUGCUACCCCAACUAUUAAUUAGAUACCUGUCCCAUGAACAAUAAGCAGCAUAUUUUUGUACUUUCCCCCUUUACAUUCCUAGAAUUGAAUAAUAAAUCUUGUUAUACAAUACCUUGUGUGUACCGGUGUGUGUAUACUAUGGAGGCAUGGAUUGUUUAGUGGGGCUCAUUCAGGAGCACUAAAUCCUGGAAAUCAUUUGGUAAUU